CCAACUAUCAUUGAAUUGAAUGAAAUCAAGAUUCUACUUCUGUUGAAAAUUGAUAGUUAAACUUACUGUAAAUUUAUGAUUAUUUAACAUUAAUAUUAUCGCCAUAUAAAUAUUGCGCAUACGAUGUGCCGCGACCUAGUAUAGUCAGUAAUAGUGUUGAAGAUACAAGCGAUACAAGCUGCGUCUACAAAUAUUACAUUUGAAAAAUGUCUCGAAUUUGUGAUCCCGCUGGUCAUAAAUAUAUUCCAGUAGAAGUUGAAGAGUUGGAUAUAUAUACAGGAAUUUAUGAAAUUCUUUCUGCUAUUAGACCAGAGUGGCCUCAGGGAAACAUUAAAUUUAAGGUGUUUACCGAUGGAAUUACUAAUAAAUUAGUUGCGUGUCAGUUGGAUUCUGUUAAUAGUUCUGAAAAUAAUAAGAACAUUGUGCUUGUGAGAAUAUACGGAAACAAAACUGAUUUACUUAUUGAUAGAGAUGCUGAAGUCAGGAACAUAACAGUGCUUAACAAAGCUGGAUUGGCACCAAAAAUCUAUGGUGUAUUUAAAAAUGGUUUAUCCUAUGAGUAUUACCCUGGUGUAACUCUAACCACAGAGACAGUAACUGAUGUAAGGAUAUCACGUCUUGUGGCUCGACAGAUGGCUAAAAUGCACAAAAUACAACUGGGUGAAGAGAUACCAAAGGAACCAAUGGUAUGGGACAAAAUUGAACAAUUCCUAAGUUUAAUACCUGAAAAAUUUACAGACGCAAAUAAACAUGCCAGAUUUACAAAUAGUUUUGGAUCAAUAACAAGGCUCAGGAUAGAAUUUGAACGUCUAAAAUCACACCUUAUAAAAACAGAGAGCCCAAUUGUGUUUGCUCACAAUGAUUUGCUUCUAGGAAACGUGAUCUACAACGAAUCUAAAGGGACAGUUUCUUUCAUAGAUUACGAAUAUGCCUCAUAUAAUUAUCAAGCCUAUGAUAUAGCAAAUCAUUUUAAUGAAUUUGUUGGUAUAUCGAUUGAUAACAUGGAUUACAGCCGUUAUCCGAGCAAAGAUUUUCAAAUGAACUGGAUACGGGUGUAUCUGGCUGAGUAUUUGGAUAGCCCGUCGCCGCCCCAAACGCAAGUUGAGGACAUUUACAAAGAAGUACAACGCUUGUCUCUGGUGUCUCAUUUUAAGUGGGGCAUUUGGUCGUUGGUCCAAUACGAGCUGUCCGCAAUUGACUUCGACUUUGGCGGGUACGCGGAAAUGCGGCUCAACAGAUAUUUUGAAGAAAAAAAUGCGGUAUUCAAGGAAUUACUGUGAUAAAAUGUGAGACGUGAAUAAAAUUUUAUAAAAAAAUCAGAAUUGCUGACAAUGGUGACACGGUAGCAGUUCCAUUGUUCACAAAUCCUACAGGAAUGUCUUUCCAUUUUGUUAGGAUUUGUGUACAAUCGACGGUAUAAUAUCAUAUUAUGAUGUAUAUAAGAAUAUUGUAAAGCUGUAAUAUAAUAUAUUAUGGUGUAUAAAAGUACAUAAUAAAUUUUAAUCUAUUAUAACAACGUUA